CAAAUGUAACAUGUCUUUGAUUUGAAUAUAUAUCUUCAUGUGAUAUGCAACUCGCCCGGUCGCAAUUAGCACCAUGGCUGUCUACGAUGUGACCAUAGUCACGACUCCAGAGAACCGACUUGGUUCAAAGGGCUACGAUUUCGAGAAUUUCAGCAUGGCAAUGACUCACCUGAUGCUGCUCGAUGGGUUGUCAUGGCGAUAUACCAGACAAUGGUUCCAUUAUCAGCAGCGUGACACAGUUGACGAUGCAUUGGUAUUGAACCAGGGCAGACUGACAAUAAGCCCAUGCAUCGGGAGAGAAUGUGCUGCAAAAUGUGGUCAAGAUCGUGUCAAGAAAAAGAGCGAGUAGUGGUUCCAAGUCCAACUGUACUAAUUAGUUGCGGCACCACUACUGAGCGUGACGAAAGGAUGUCUCUACAUCUUUUCAUGUCAUGACCGGGAGGGAGAAAAAGACACAAUCAAUGGGUAACUCCGAGGACCAAUACUAACGCGGUCGACCGCAAGAUCAUGUCUCUCUCUCCUCUCCCCUCCCCCCAAUCGCCCAAUCCUAUGCUCUAUAGCCCAUGAGAGCGUGAUGUUCGAUAUCGCUAGAAGCACAAAAUUGGAUUGGGCGAAGCUUGGUG